AUGUCGCCUACGCGAAAGAAAAAGUCGGCAGAUACACUUCAGGAUGUAUAUGCGGUCAUUAUGGAACGUCUCUCGAAGGUCAAGCCGUUGCUCGAUGAUUGCAGACACCCAAAUUGGUCUACUGCUACUCAGGAUCUUAUGAAAAUCGCGUCUCUAGCAGAAUCGUUUGCGGAACAGCGCCCGAAGUCAAGCAGAACUGCGUGGAGCCAUCUCGCCGAUUCUCUCGACCAAGAAGGCGUCAGCCUGUGGAACAUCUCUGGUCUCAUGCGUAAAGGGCCAGAAGAAGACGGUCUCCGUCAUAUCGCCGCUCUCAGACUCGCGGCACUGCGUCUCCUUGAGGCCGGGCUGGAGACAAAGCCAGGAACAGAAACCCUGGUUCAUAUUCUUCAGCUUGCGAGCAAAACUGGCAUCACUCUUCUGGACGCCGGGAAUAACUCUCUAGCAGCGACCGUCUUGACCAGCGCCGCCAAGUUUGAGGAACAGUUGAAGAAUGCGAGUGAUUCGGAUGAUUCUCAUCGACAAGCCAUCGCUUCUGCAACUGCUGUGUACUACUCCACCAGAAUGGAAGCGGCUUGGAAAGAGGGUAAUCUUACCGUGGCGGACUAUAUGGCACGAAAGAUCACAGAUGAUAACCAACGUCUCGGCUUGCUUCCUCCUCAUGUCCGCGACCUUCUCGCUUCCAAAUUCCAUCAAAUUGGUCGAUCUCUCCUGAAAGAGACCAAUGAUGGAUGCAAACCUGCAGAUGCGGUACAAUGGUUGCAACGAGCGUUCUCCAUGGCAGAUCAGGAAGAAGGCACGGCCGGCCUCACGGGUCUCAAGAUAUCAAUUCUCAGAACAAUGGGCAGGGCCUAUUUCUUAUCUGAGUCGUAUGAUCUCGCCGAGGGUGUCCUUGAUGAACUCGUUCCAACCAUCGACGCAUCCCAGGAUCACGCAAGUUCCGAGUAUCAAGAGCUUCGAUGGCUUAGGUUGGCCGUGUUGAAAAGAAGGAAGGCUAGUGAUCACACACUACUGGGCGCCUACAAAUCCAUCAUUGAUCAUAUGGAGUUCACGGAGCCCAAUAUCACAGAUAUCUUACAGGAUCUAAGAACGCUUAAUCAGCACACGCUUGUCACGGAUGUCCACCGGCACUGUUUCGACAGGGCCUUGCGACGCCACACGACGGAACCGGACCACAUCCAUCGACUAAUCCUAUCACUGAUCAUUCACACAUCCAAGGACGACGAACACGCAAGAGCGAUGAAAUCUCUUGACGAUAUUUUCACGUCGGUGUGCGAUGCGGACCUAGAGCUCCCUAGUAUCGCUGCAACAGCCUGCCUGACGCUCAUAUGGCAAUAUGGAGGGCGUCAUUACAAGAGCAAGAAGUGGUCGGAAGCAGCGGAUUGGUACAUGGCCGGUAGCCACAAGCUCUUCACCACAAACAGCCCCUCAACCUGCGCGAAAUGUUUCCGAAAGGCAGCUCUGUGUCAUAUCGAACGGCGAGAAUAUGCGCUGGCAUCCACGGUGAUCCGCCGUUGUCCCACAAAUGAGGCCUCGACUCAUUAUGUUAUCUUCCUGACGGCCAUACAUCAAGGCCUACAAGAUGAAGCCAUUCGGGCCAUUAGUGAUAUGGUCAAGGCUCCGGACUUCGACCGGAAGAUGCUGCUAUUAGCCACACAGAUCUCCCACCAAUCGGACAUGAAGCCUGUGCUCUUAGCAGUUCUCGAAAGCCUUCUCAAGACCCUGAAAAUCGGUUCGAACCAAGAGGUCGUGGUCGAAGCCAUGACCCUCAUUCGAUGCAUUGUUAAACUUGUUUUGAGCCUUCUCGUAGACCCUGCAGCAAACAGGCCUGUCCUCAUUGACACCGUGGUAAACCAAUUCCGUACAGCGCGGAUUUUGGCCGAGGCGGCGUCGGAGCAGAAGGCAGUGCCUCUCGUCUUCAAGGACAUCGUCUGGUUAUGGAAAACCGCUUACAACUGUGCCGUCCAAGGAUGUACCGAGUGGGAAAAUGCAGGCGACCAGAUUUCAGAGCUUUUUGAUAUUGCACGAGAGAUUCUGGAGAUCUGUUGCCACGCAUCACCAGUCGACGUCGACGCCGAUCUAUCCAUUCAUCUAGCCACUGCAACGUUUGCUGCAGUCUCGGGUCGAGUAUUUUCCGUGCGCGAAAUAAUGGCGGCAACUGGAAUGGCUGAUAAGGAACGUUUGGAGGCCCUCUUUACGGAAAUCAAAGUGGCCAAGGGGAAGAUCCAGGAAUUAUGCUCGAAAGUGCUCAAGGAUUCCCAAGAUAACGAACACGUUCAAUACUUCUUCCAUGCAUUACGGGUAUUCGAAACGGAGUUCGCCGCACAGCUUCAAGACUGGGAUAGCCUAUCUCAAAUUAUCACCGAAAUUUCUGACUCCGGCCCUUUGGCGGUCGGAACUUAUGAGGCAAUAGCUGAUAUUCUGUGGCUUGAUCAAGCGUGUCCUGUUAAUGUGCUAUACCAAUGCUUGGAGGCGAUCCUCCGCGCGAGUUUGACUCACGGUUCUCUUUCCGUUGAGAAGUUUGCGCGGUGGAUACGUGCAAUUUGCACGAUCUGCCUUGCCAAAGAUAGGGCCACCGAUAGAUUGAAGGCAAUCGGAUACAUCGAACAAGCCCUCAAUGUCAUCGAAGAGCACAACGAUAGUGAUGCGCCCUACCCAAUGGACGAACGGCAGUGGCUUCUUGCAACGGCGUAUAACACAGGGACGGAAUGUCUGCACGCAUCGAUAUUUGACGAGGCAAAAAGAUGGUUCGAGGCGUCUACAGUCAUUUGCCGUUUUGUCCCAGGAGGGCAAGCUCGCGCCGAAAGGGUAUUUGACCUUUCCGCAAUAUUUUCUUUCAUGCUUUAUUGA